AUGUGGCGACUACUUGGCUUUGCAUCAAAGAGCCCAGAGAAAGAUCCUCCUCGUGGCUUGCCUGCAUCAUGGUAUCGCUCUGAGGCUUUGUAUCAAUUAGAACGCCGAGCUAUCUUUUCUAAGCGAUGGAUUCUCCUCACACACUCAAGCCGCUUCGCCAAGCAAGGUGACUUCCUUUCCUUCACCGUUGCAAAUUUUUCUUUUUUCUUAGUCCGGGAUCGAGACGGAAAUAUCAAUGGUUUCCACAACAUCUGUCGACACCGUGCAUUUCCAGUGGUGCAGUCUCAAUCGGGGUCAGCCUCGAUUCUCAGCUGCAAGUAUCACGGUUGGUCUUAUGGGCUUAAAGGCAAUCUUUCAAAGGCCCCUCGCUUUGAAACUGUCCCGGAUUUCGACAAGAGUCAACAUGGAUUAUUACCUGUACAUGUGCACAUCGAUAAGGCCGGCUUCGUUUGGGUGAAUCUACAGGCAGGUGAUCCAGACGUAAAGUGGGACGACGAAUUCCAGAAUAUUGAUGAGCAGCCGCGAAUGCAAGACUUUGACUUCCGAGGAGAAUACACUUUUGACCAUUAUUGGGAAAUGGACCUGGAUGCGAACUGGAAAGGCGUUAUUGAGAAUUACAAUGAGUGCUAUCAUUGCGCAACUUCCCACCCGCUCAUCAGUGGGGUUUCCGAUCUCCCUAGAUACCGUGUGGAACCCAACGCAGGAUACAUGGAGCAUCAUAUCUUCAAUAAGGAGCAGGUUGAUUCCCAGUUCAAGCGGGCCAUUACGUAUUUCUUUCCUACUACUUCGCUUACAGUCACUGAUAAAUUCUUUUACAUUCAACGUAUGAUUCCGGUGACAGCUACGUUGAGCAAGAUUGAAAACGAAGUGUAUCGACACAAAGACGCAACAGAUAAAGAGUUCGAAGAUAUCAAUGACUUUUAUCGGCAAGUGCUUGAUGAAGAUAAGGAGCUAUGUGUGGGCGCGCAGGGUAAUCUGGGUGGGGGCGUGUUUGUGAAUGGUGAACUUCAUCCUACGAAAGAAAAGGGGCCAAUUCAUUUCCAACGCAGUGUGAGAGAUAUAUUGAUGGAACAUCGAAAGAAAGAAGAGCAGCAAGGGGGUCUAGAGAUUUGGCCUGCUCUUCCAAAGCUUUCUGGGAACAUGACAGAAAAGUUGGUGGAGGAGGAGAAAUUCUGCUCACAGCUGGAAGCCGCCAACUGUACGAGUAGACCGGAGCUUGCAUGGUGA